AUGAUGUCAAGCGGCUCAGACGAUGACGAUAUUCAGGAUAUGACGAAAAAGAAGAAGAACGGCGCCUCUUCGAAUGAUUACUUUGCACAUCACGCGUUACCGAAAAAAUCAUCCAAAAAAGGCUUUCUAUCUUCGUCAGGGUCAGAUUCGGACAUAGCAGAAAUACCACACUCCAGUAAAGAUGAAGGCAAUGCCGUCGCACCGAAGGCAUCUCGUCCAGUGCGUGCUACAGCUGCGAAGAAUUUCAACUUUGACGAUAGCCUGGAUGAUUCGGAUAUAAUGCCGAAAAAGAAGGCAACUAGAAAGAAAAAAGCUUUCGAUAGCGACUUCGAAGUCAGUGAUUAA